AUGGAGGGUAUUCUUGUUCGCCCUUUAUGCAGUAGCUCCACUGCUACUGUAUUAUUAGCACCACCAAAGCCUUCAUUUUUGUUUCAACACAAGGCCUCCUUUUCUCCUCCUCCAAACUGUACUGUAUUUCCAUUGCUCUCUUCAAUAUUUUCUGCCCCUUGUCGCUCCUUUUCUUCUGUUAUAUAUGCCGCACCAGACAACCAAUUGAGUGUUGAAACUGAUACCGAGACCAGAGAAUGGGCAAUGCAAGAUUUCUAUAGCUUAAGGAAGGAUGUCGAAACUGCCUCAGAGCGUGUUGAAGAGAUUAGAGCUUCAGCUGGUUUGCAUCUAUUAGAGCAAGAAGUUGCAGAUUUGGAAUCUAAAGCAGCUGAUAGCUCCUUCUGGGAUGACCGUGCUAAAGCUCAAGAAACCCUGCUGGCCCUGACUGAUGUUAAAGAUAAGAUGAAUUUGCUUGCAGAAUUCAAAACCAAGGUUGAAGAUGCCGAGACUAUAGUUAAACUAACAGAGGAGAUGGAAUCCACAGAUGCUGGACUUCUAGAAGAGGCAACUGGGAUCAUUAAAGAAUUAAAUAAGGCAUUGGAUAAGUUUGAGUUGACUCAACUUCUUUCUGGUCCCUAUGAUAAAGAAGGUGCUGUUAUAUCCAUCACAGCUGGUGCUGGUGGUACUGAUGCACAGGACUGGGCUGACAUGCUUCUCAGGAUGUAUGUGAGAUGGGGAGAGAAACAGAGGUAUAAGACAAAGGUGGUUGAAAGUUCCCCAGGAGAGGAAGCUGGGAUUAAAUCCGCCACAGUUGAAGUUGAAGGCCGGUAUGCCUAUGGCUACCUAUCUGGGGAGAAGGGAACCCACAGAAUUGUGCGGCAAUCUCCAUUUAAUUCCAAAGGUCUUCGUCAGACAAGUUUUUCUGGUGUUGAAGUCAUGCCUUUACUUCCUGAAGAGUCGAUGGAUGUGGAAAUACCUGAGGAGGACCUGGAGAUUAGUACUUCAAGGGCAGGUGGGAAAGGAGGGCAGAAUGUAAACAAGGUUGAAACUGCUGUCAGGAUAACUCAUAUUCCCACUGGUGUAACCGUUCGCUGCACGGAAGAGAGAUCCCAGCUAUCAAACAAGAUCAAGGCCCUUAGCCGGUUAAAAGCGAAACUAUUGGUCAUAGCUGAGGAACAACGAGCAUCUGAAAUCAAGCAAAUAAGGGGAGAUGCAGUGAAAGCAGAAUGGGGCCAACAGAUAAGAAACUAUGUAUUCCAUCCAUACAAACUCGUCAAAGACGUCCGAACAGGACACGAGACAUCAGAUAUUGCUUCAGUAAUGGAUGGCGAAUUGGAUCCCUUUAUCAAAGCUUACCUCAAGCACAAAUACAGUAUGACAUUAUCUUCAAGUUAG